AUGGCGCCGUAUGAAGCCUUAUAUGGAAGAAGGUGUAGAUCACCGCUCUACUGGGAUGAAGUUGGCGAACGAAGGGUACUCGGACCCGAUGCAGUCGAGGAGAUGAUUGAAAUUGUUCGACAAAUCCGUUUGAGAAUGAAGGAAGCCCAAGACAGAAAAAAGUCUUACGCUGAUGUCCGACGGACCGACUUACAAUUUCAGGUCGGUGAUAAGGUUUUUCUCAAAGUAUCCCCGUCGAAAGGGAUAACGCGUUUUGGUGUUAAGGGAAAGUGGAAACCACGUUUUAUCGGUCCUUAUGAAAUUCUCGAAGGAGUAGGACCCGUAGCCUAUCGAUUAGCGCUACCGCCAAACCUUGGGAACGUACACAAAAUUUUCCAUGUGUCGCAAUUGCGAAAGUACAUGUUCGACCCGAAACACAUGAUUCACUACGAAGAAGUUGCUUUGAAUCUGGAUUUGAGUUACGAGGAGCGACCUCAGAUGAUCUUGGACCGUAAGGUUCAAAUUUUGAGGAAAAAAUCUAUUGCUUGCGUGAAAGUACUUUGGAGAAACCACGAAUAG